AUGUAUAUUAAAGGAAACACUUUUAUCGUUACUGGAGGAGGAAGUGGUUUAGGAUUAUCAACAGCUCAACAAUUAUUGAAACUAGAAGCAAAUGUAAUUGAUUUGAAAGAUGAUGGAAAAUCAUUUUUUAAAGGACGAGAAAAGAACGUUUUAUUCAUUCAAGCUGAUAUAACAUCUGAAGAAGAAAUAACUAAAGUUAUUCAACAAGCAAUUGAAAAGUUUGGUGAAAAUAUUCGUGGAGUUAUAAAUUGUGGUGGCAUAGCUGGUGUAGGAAGGAUUGUCGGACCAAAUGGAAAGCCAUUAGAUCUUGAUUCAUUUAAAUUGGUCGUUAAUGUUAAUCUGAUUGGUACCUUUAAUGUAUGUAGAUUAGUAGCGGCACAAAUGGUUAAACAAAAACCAUUAGAAGAAGGAGAAAGAGGCGUAAUAAUAAAUGUAUCAUCUAUAGCUUAUCAAGAUGGACAAACGGGACAAGUUGCAUAUUCUGCAUCUAAAGGAGGUGUAGCUUCAAUGACUUUGCCUAUGACGAGGGAUUUAUCAAAAUUUGGUAUUAGAGUCGUCACUGUUGCUCCCGGUCCAUUUGAAACUCCAAUGAUUUCUAUCAUGAAUGAAAAAUCUAGACAAAAACUUCUAAAACAAGCCGAGUUUCCUGUUAGACCUGGUAAAUCUGAUGGUGAAUUUAAUAAACUGGUAAUUCAUUUAAUCGAAAAUAUUUACAUGAAUGCCGAAAUUAUUAGAAUCGAUGGUGGUAUUAGGUUAGGAAAAUUAUAA